AUGCGCUACCAUACCCAGUUCUGUUCAAACGAUCCUCUCCUAACCCUGAAAACCCAACAUCCAACUCAUUCUCUUAUCUCCACUCGUCGUCCGUCAAUAUCCUCGCUCUCGUCCAAUAGACCUCAGUCAGUGUGUGCGAAUACUUUUUAUUCCAACCAGGCCGAAAUUACUUCGCGCCUAGCUCUUUCUCGGAAGCGUUCACGAGACGAUUGUGAAGGGUUGCAUCACUCCGCCACAACUUUUCCAUACCAACCUGUUCCUCGUUACGAGCCACACCAGCAAAUUGGAAAGAAAAGCCAUCAGGCCGAGUUCGAACGCGCAUAUGCUCCAAACAGAUCGGUACCCCUUGCUGGACCUCUUUACGGAAGACAAAGGGCGCGCACAAACACGAAACUAACAAGCACACUAGCGCUAGAAAAAAUGUGUUCAACUGAAUCUAAUGCACCAAUCUCCAAAAUUCGAAAAAUUGACACAGCCUCUCUUUUAGAACCUAAUGGCCCUAUCUUUCAAACAAGUGGCAUUCCAGAAAAUCGAGAAGGAUCAAUCAUCGAUAGCUUCACUCGACAUCUAGGAAUUGGAUGGUCAUCACUCUCUGAUACUGACCCAGAAACCCAAGCAGCCACCCGUGGCUGGAUUAAAUUCAUCGAAAAUCAUUUUCCACUAUCAAAUGUAAGGAUACAACUACGGAGUAAAGGCCUGGCAAGCUACCUUAUAGAAUCUAAUGAGGGGUAUUUUCUCUUCGGUGAAGAUUUAAAGCAGGGUAGACUCGUAAGUGUGAAUUUGGAGAAAACGUGGAUUAACCUUCAAGGUGCUUGUCCUAUUUUUGAGGGUCAGACAAUUAUGGAAGCAGCACAGUCACCUAGUACCAUUACACAACCAAAUUUAGGGCACGGAGAAUUCUCUACUUUCCAGAGCCCUAAGGCUUCUACAUCUAUCGACCUAAAAUUGUUAGGAACAGACAAUAGCCAAUUGUUACCAGUCCUGGAAGUUGGGAUGGACUUAAGUUAA